AUGGAGUCGUCUACUCUUAGAACCGAGCAGGAGCGCCAAAGACAGCUCGAGCUCCGGAGGCAAAUCCAAAAUCUAAAGGCUCAGCUGAAAGACUUCUCAAAAGAAAGGACACCUCCGCCUGCGUCUCCAAAGAGGAAAGCUCCAGAUUCAACGUUGCUAGCCCCUGCGACGCCAUCCCCAAUUGAUAAUAAUCUCCGCCCAGAGAAGAGGAGAGUGGAGCGCAAGUUAAAGGAAAGCGCGACAUCAAAGGCUCAAACUACGAAAUCUAACACGUAUAUAGCAUACAAUAAGGAACCCCAGAGAAACCAAGCCACAGUCGCUGAAGUCGACCUCCGGCGCUCCCUUGCUCCUUCGAAUGUUCUCAAUAAGUUAUCAUUCUUAAGUAAGGACAAGGAUAAGGACACCCUACCAAACGUUGCAGUACGAUCAACUGCAUUUUCUGACAAACCCAAAACGAAAGUCCUACCUCAACCUGAAGUAGUUUCGGACAUGGCUACAGAGUGUGCGCCGCAUAAAGACAGUGUUCCAAAAAGAGAUGACCGCCUUGCCCUUUUGGAGGAAAUAUCGAUUGGUCCGUCAGAACAUAAAGCACCAUUUGAUGAUCCAUUCUUCGAGCAGAUGGAGCCCAAUUCAGGCAUUCGUCUUUCGUCUCGGGCGUUGUCGCAUGAAGACCUUCAGGAAUACCUUGAAGGGCGAUGCUACCUUUCGCCGUCCCGUCUAUAUUCUUCUAUUCAGUUAUUGCCAAAUAAACAGGGCUAUGAUGUUCCAGUCGAGUGCGACUGGAUUACUAUAGCCGUGGUCGCAGAACGCGGGCCAAUUAGGUUCAGUCGUGCUCCUGUAGGAAUCGGCCACGAAGGGAACGAUGCUGUUAAAGGCAAACAACUCAAUAACAGCGAGAAGAACGGUCGGCCAAAUUGGAACAAGAAUCGGAAGGACGAGAAGGGAAAAGACAAAGAUGAAGGGCCACGAGGCGGAGGCAAGAAAUACGUCAAUAUGAAACUCAUUGACUUUGGCUCGCGCUCUUCUUCGUCGGCGACCGGAGGAAAGGCUGUUAUUCGAGGCGACGCAUUUUUGUCUCUUUUGCUAUUCGAAUCUGAUAAUUUUGACCGAGUCACUGGCGAAAAUGGUCAAGAUAGAAAAAUAUAUAAAGGUGGUAGCAGAGGCGCAUUUGAAGUUAUGUCAAAGUUAAAAGAAGGUGAUGUCAUAGCGCUUCUCAAUCCUAAAAUCCUAAAACCUUUUCAGCGGGCAGCUGAUACACCCCAUCCUGUAAACAACAUCCUCGCUGUUACCCCAGAAUCAGCCGAUUCGAUUAUGUCUAUUGGACGGGCGCGUGAUUUAGGCAUGUGCAAAGUGCUGAAGCGGGACGGCAAAGUUUGUGGCAGCUGGUGCGACAAACGUGUCAGCGAAGUCUGCGAUUAUCAUGUCCAGAAUGCAGUAGAAAGGCAGAGGGCCGGACGGGCCGAGUUUUCCAUUGGGACUUCAGGCAUGUCGUCGUCGUCCUUCAAAAGAAAGCCAGCUUAUGACCCUGCGCGCCAGUGGGGACUUAAGCCCGACGACUCUAGGACCGGUGAUGCAACGUACAUUGUAUCUGGACAUAUCGUAAAUGGCUCUGGGAAUGAUACGAAGUCACUGUAUGCCUCGGAAAAUAUGGGCCGCGAAGGACAGGCAAAGGCGAAACGUCAACUAGAGCGAGAUACAGAUCGUGAACUACAGGCACUCUUGAAGAGAGAUAGGGAAGGUAUCAGGGCAGUUCUGAGGGCCAGAGAAGUAGGUUUACAGAAGGAACCCGAUUCCCAAGGAACAGGGAAAAAGGGAAAGGGAAAAGCAGCUGGAAAAUCUAAUGGGGACAAGGACGACAUCGAGAAGCAAGGGUCAAAUUCGGUUGAUAUACCCAAGACCUCUUACUCAGCCAAGAUAAUCAAGAACCUUGGCUUCGAUCCUUCCACAAAACCGGGUCAAAAGCGAGCGUCUGGUGACGACGCUACCCAGAGGAAGCUCCAGGCCCUUGCUGCGAUUCAAUCUUCCAGAAAAGAUAUACGCCUCGACCCACGUCCAGGCCAAAGGAUACGGUCCUGCGUCAUUGGAAUGUCGUCCACUACGCAACCAAAUUCGACCAAUCUCAGCCCAGCCGGAAACGGGAUGGAUUAUGUAUCAGAUGACGACGUUCCGCAUUCAAGCCACGUAAUGAUAGAUCUGGACGGAAGUGAUUCUUAGAUAGCUUAUCGAGCUACCUUCAUCAACGCGACAAAGUAGACUCAUCUCAGUAGAGGAUACUUACGCGGUACACUAGAAUGGGACAAUUUUCUCUACUAUGGAACCACAUCAUUAAGCUACAAAUUUAGCGUGACGAUAUCAAUGAUUUUAUGAUUUUAUGUGUAGACAUAGUAGACGGAUGUACUUGUACCAAAUAUCACGCAUGUUUCGUUUG